AUGUCUUCAACCACCUGGAAUCGCCUCAUCCGCUUCGUUGAUGACAACGGAAACGAGACCUUUGGAGAUCCGGAGAUUCAGAACGACAAGGAUUUUGCCGAGCGUCUGGCCAAUAACGACCUAUGGGCUGUUGAGUACAAGGGGCAAAGUCCUGUGUCACAACUCGUCAAGGGUGAGAGAAUUCAUGUGAAGGAAAUCCGGGAGCUACUUCGAGCCUCCGAUGUGCCUAUCAUUCGAUGCAUCGGACUCAACUAUAUCAAGCACAUCAAGGAGGGAGGCCGAACACCACCGCCUUACCCAUCAUUAUUUAUUAAGCCUUCAACCUCAAUUGCUGGUUUUGGUGAAGAUGUCCCCAUCCCUAAGAUUGCCCAGGACGGCACAAUAGAUUACGAGGGAGAGCUUGGCAUCGUUAUCGGCAAGUCUGGCAAGAACAUCUCCAAAGAGGACGCCCUAUCCUAUGUAGCAGGCUACGUUGCCACCAAUGACGUGUCAGCGCGAGCCUGGCAACGAGACCCCAAGAAAGCAGGCGGUGUUCCGCAGUGGUGUUUCAGCAAGGGCUUCGAUAAGUUUGCUCCUAUCGGUCCUCUUCUUGUGUCUCCCGCUGUUGUUGGUAACGCUUCAAAACUGCACCUGACGACGACUGUCAACGGCGAAGUGAGGCAGAGUGAGGGCACGAAUGAUCUGCUUUUUGGUGUAGAGGAAAUUGUCAGUUUUAUCAGUUCAGGAACUACGCUUGAGGCUGGUACAGUCAUUCUUACUGGUACGCCGAGUGGUGUGGCUAUGGGUAUGAAGGAGCCCAAGUACCUCAAUGAUGGCGAUGUGGUCGAGGUUAGCAUCACCGAGUUGGGUAGCGUGAGAAACAAAAUGGUCUUUGAGUAA